AGCAGUCUAGUCAUGUUAUGUAUAAAUAUUUACAAGCCAACUAGCCCCCAUCUCAUUGCCUGGCUGUCUCAGAUUCUGCCCUAGUCUUAUUACCACAUUUUUGUCUGCAUCUUCCUUUAAAAGUUCUCAUAAGUUUGUAUUAUAACCAAAGACAGGAAUCUUUGGUGCAUUACAGACAGCACAGAUAGAUUUCUGCUGCGUUGUCCAUUUGACCAGAAAUCUUGUCUCACUCACAGUUACAGUCAAGAUUCCACUUUCUUUAUAAUAUAUUUCCACCCAAACAUGCAGCUCCUUCAAAAGCUUUUCAAGACUGCAAAUGAGACUACUACUUCUAGCUCUAUCCCUUCUAUAAGCAAGAAAGAAACUGUCAACAAUCAGAAGGCGAAAUCGAAAGAAGGACAGAAGGCGAAAUCAAAAGACAUUGUGUUGUUUGGGAUCUGUCGGGAGAGUAGUAGAAGAAGAGCUGAUAAAAGCAAAUCAAGAAGCAAGACUUUCAGCUUAUUCAAUAUAUUGUGCAAUAGGAAGGAUAUUUCCAAGGAGUAUUUUUAUAGCACAAUUCAUCUAAGGAGAGUAAGAAGUUGCCAUAGAAGGCAACAUUUUGAAUAUUGCAUGAAGAUGAAAAAAGAGAGUCUUAAACGAGGAUUAAGCUUUUCUCACAAGGCAGGUUCAUCAGUAACAGCAAAUCAUGUUGGAACUACCCAAGUUUUGCCCAUUACUGAUUCUUCAAGAUCGACAUCAUUGUCCUCAACGAACGAUAAAGAUCGAUGCUCUGGUGCAGACAAGAAAGAAAAACCAAAGGGAGAUAAAGCGAAAACAAUUUCUAAGAUGAAAGAGCUACUAAGAUGGGCUGCUGCUAAUAAAUCAGCUGAGAAGGGAGGCAAAUACAUAAGCAGAAAGGUAUUCAACUUCCGGAACAGACCAGCAUUAAAGGCAGUACCAGAUGAUGAUCAACUGAGUAAUGACUCCCCCAAAAUUAGCUUUAGAUGGGAGGUUGAAAGUUGCUCCACAACUUGCUCUGCUUACUCUGCCAUGUCAAUGCCUAAUCCUCCAACAAAGAACAAUGAACAAUCCAUUAAAAUCAAUUUUACUUCUGCAAACUCAACUCCCAUCCACUUAGAUCAGUGCCCUGCUGCUGCUGCUAAAUUGAACUGGAUCACCACUGACUCUGAAUUUGUGGUGCUAGAGCUAUGAAGACUAUAAGAACCAAUGGCGACCUAGACAUAUCAUCAAUAAAAUCGCACGUUCUGGCCUGAGCAGUAAUUGAUGAGUUGCUACAAAUUUGAUAAACUAUCAGAUGUAUGGCUUGUGCAGUAAUUGAUGAGCAGCUAGAAAUUUGAUCCUAUCAGAUGUACUAAUGAGUAAGAAUUUUGGAGGGCAGAUUAAUGUAACAUCGAUUCCAAUUAUGUGUAGUUUGUCUAUUGAUCUUCUAACGAAUUACUCAAACCAAUUUUCUACUCUUUAAUAAUUCCAAUUCCAAUUCAUAUUAAA